GGGGCACCCAUCUCUCCUCAUCCUGCUGCUCGCCCUCUCCUUGCCAAGUCCGCAGGAGUCCCGAGCCCCCUCCUAUGAUCAUUGCGCUGGACGACGAGGAGGUCGACCAAGGGUACGGGUACGGCGCCAUGUCGUCGGAGCUGGAGCUCUGCGUGGCACGCAUCAGGGACCUGAGGGCGGAGCUGGAGUUCGAGCGGCGCAUGCGGCGCAAGGCGGAGGCGCUGAGCGAGGCGCUGGCCGCGGAGCUGGCCGACGAGCGGCGGCGGAGCGAGGCCGCGGAGGCCGAGUGCCGGGCGCUGCGGGAGGAGGCCGGCGCCGCGCGCGCGGAGGCGGAGCGCGCCCUGGAGGGCGUCGAGGAGGAGCGGCGGAUGCUGCGCGUCGCCGAGCUGUGGCGCGAGGAGCGGGUGCAGAUGAAGCUCGCCGACGCCAGGGCCGCGCUGGACGAGAAGCUGCGGGAGAUCGACGACGCCGUGGCACAGCUCCAGGCCACUGCCGACGCCAACAAGAGCAGCUGCUGCAGCAGCCCCAACGGCAGCAAGUCGGCGAGCCAGCACGGCGGGCAACAGAGCCCGCAGCACGGUAAGCCGCACCGGCGAGAGCCCGGCGGCGGCGGCGAGAACCCGCACAUCCGGAGGGGGAUCAAGGGGUUCGUGGAGUUCCCCAGGGCCGCGCGCCUGCGCCUGCGCCCGCGCCCGCGCGAGGAGCGGGUGGAUCUGGUGUCCAACCUCGAGUGCCAGCGGGCGCAGCUGCGCGUGCUCAUGCGGCACAGGAGCCCCGCCGCCGGCAUGGGCCUCAUCGGCGCAGCAGAAAACCUGGUCGUGUAGUGCACCGUAUACUAACGUAUAGCGUAUGUUUAUUGAGGUGGUCGGUAACUCUGUAUCUUCCUCUGUUCCACUUCAUAUUAUGGGACAUUCACAUUUUGGUACAG